UCACUUUUGGAAGUCCAAAAUUAAACUGUACUGACAGAAUAAUUGCAUUCUCUGCUGCCUAUUUCGAUUCGUGGCAGUAGAGUAAUAAAUUCUCUACGGAUAAUCAAUAUAUUUGCUGAUUGGUUAGUAAAAUUGUGAAAUUUACUACUCUGUUAAGUGAUUUUGUAUUGUUUGAUUAAAAACCAUACCCAGCAAUAAUUCUGCAAUCAAAUGAUGGCUGCCAUCGUAGAUCCACGUAAACGUUCUCGCGAGGAGGACGGCAACGAGUUUAUGCCCCUGUCCAAGCGAAUCAAUAAUCUUCAUUUGAACAACAGUCAGGUCGUGGGUGGUUUCCCGGGGGAACACCCUGGUGGAAUGCACAUGCCCCUGCUGGAGGGUCAUCCGCAAAUGGCACAAUUUGUGCACUGCAGCUCGAGCAGUGCCAGCUCCGGAAGUACCUGUCAUUCCAUUCCCUCCGGUGGAAGCUCACCCAGCGGAACCAGAUCGUCGUCCCAUGGACAGGAAUCGUUGACGGUAAACGGUGAGAUACUGGGCGAGUACCGUCCGGACUUGAACGAGCACGAAAAUCCACAUUAUUUCAAUCGAAACAAGGAAUUGUACGAGCUGUACGUUGAGCGAAUGCGACGAAUGCAGUGAUGUUCUAAACGAUAUAGUUAUAUAGAUCUGUGGGAUUUAUUUUUAUAAUAAUUAUUUGCUUGAACUGCACACAAUGAAGCGUUGACAACAGUUUAUUGCGUUUUUGGACAAUGCGUGAAAGUUGAUUCCACCUCGGGUUGUUAAACAGUGAAACGAUAGACUAGCCUGAACCCGUAUAAAUGAUAUACCUAUCUACUGCUAUUUAUAUUGCCAUUUUAUUUCUAUGUACACCAACUAAACUAUGUAUUGCAGCCCUUGAAAACUAAUAAAUUACGUUAAGU